UGGGCGACCGCGGCCCCGCCGCCGCCCGUCUCCCCUCCGUCUCGCCGCCGCCCGCCCCACCUCGGAUCCCGGCGCCCCGCCCCGCUGGCGCCCCGGCGUCGUCGGGCCCUCGCCCCGCCGCCCUCGUAGGCGCCCCUCCCCUCGUCCUCGGGGCUCGCCUCGCCGUCGUUGUCCCCGAACUAGCCGCCCCUUUGCUCCUCGCCUCGCCGCGGCCGGGCUGCAAGGUAAGUGCUGUUUCGGAGGGUGGCAGGGAUGUCGUCGUCUUCGUCGACCGUGGUCUACGAGGGGUGGAUGGUCCGGCAUGGCCGCCGCAAGAUCGGCCGCUCCUUCAUCCACAUGCGCUACUUUGUGCUGGAGACCCGGCUGCUGUCGUAUUUCAAGCGCAAGCCCCAGCACAAGAUGCCCAAGCUCCCCAUCAAGUCCCUCCACAUCGAUGGCAACUGCAGGGUCGAGGACAGGGGCCUCAAGAUGCACCAUGGCCAUAUGCUUUAUGUCUUGAGUGUCUACAACAAAAGGGAGAAGCACCACCGCAUAACGAUGGCGGCAUUCAAUAUCCAGGAGGCUCUAAUCUGGAAGGAGAAAAUUGAGAUGGUCAUCGAUCAGCAACAAGGUGUAGUAUCACCCGAUGGUAAUACAGCCUUCAGCUCAUCGCAGCAAAAUACUAGUGUAGAAAAUGGAAGGAAAUCUUCUUCUUCUGAUCGUGACAGUCAGUAUAGUCAUGAAGAGGAAGAAGAGGAGGAGGAUAAUCACCGAUCAUUGAUGCGAAGAACAACAAUUGGGAAUGGUCCUCCGGAAUCAUUGCAUGAUUGGACUCGUGGAAACGAUACAGGAAUAUCUGAUCAGGGAAGCCCUGCCCAAGUUUUCUCCAGAGGACAUUGGCGCCUUGUCAGAUGCCAGAAUGGCAAGAACUUUCUUUGUCCCUUGCUUUGGUUUUCUGUUGUAACUGGGCUGCUUGUUCAAUGGGUGUUAAAUUUGAACUUUACUUCAGGUCUCCGCAUUUUUGAGGAGCUCCAAGAUGUUGAUUACCUUGCAAGGAGCUGUAGCAGAGCAAUGAAGGCUGUUGGAGUGGUUGAGGCUUCGUGUGAGGCUAUAUUUCAGCUUGUCAUGAGCAUGGACACCACCCGCUUUGAGUGGGACUGCAGCUUCCAGUAUGGCAGUCUAGUAGAGGAGGUCGAUGGCCACACAGCAAUACUGUACCAUAGGCUACAACUGGAUUGGUUUUCAGCGUUUACCUGGCCUCGUGAUCUUUGUUAUGUACGAUAUUGGCGGCGUAAUGACGACGGAAGUUAUGUUGUGCUGUUUCAAUCCAGAGAGCACCCAAACUGUGGUCCACAACCAGGAUUUGUGAGGGCACACAUUGAGAGUGGUGGGUUCAACAUUUCUCCACUGAAAUCCCGUAAUGGGAGAGUCCGAACACAAGUACAGCAUCUUAUGCAGAUUGAUUUGAAGGGUUGGGGGGUUGGCUACUUACCUUCAUUUCAACAACAUAGCCUCCUUCAUAUGCUGAACAGCGUUGCCGGGCUCAGGGAAUGGUUUUCACAAAGUGAUGAAAGUCAAAUACUUCCUAGGAUUCCUGUUAUGGACAAUAUGGCACUAUCGGUUUCUUCUAAGAAAGGCACAAAAACGCAGGAUAAUACUGUGCAAACCAGCCUUCCGGCGGAUGAAAGUAGACAUUCAACGGUUGAGGAGGAGUCUGAAGAUGAUGAAGAAUUCCUGUUACCUGAAUCUGAGCUAGAGCCAUCAACUCGUGAGCUUGAUGCAGAUGGUAAACUACUAGGGUUAGAUGAGGAGGAUUCAGGUGAGAUUGAUUUUUCUGGAUUUUCUGGAAAUUUACGCCGGGAUGACCGUGAUAACAGUCGUGAUUGUUGGAGAAUAUCUGAUGGAAAUAACUUCAGAGUGCGAAGCAAGAACUUCAUAUAUGAUAAAAGCAAGGUUCCUGCUGGAAAACCUCUUAUGGAGCUUGUUGCUGUUGACUGGUUUAAAGAUGUGAAACGAAUGGAUCAUGUUGCUAAAAGAAAAGGAUGCACUGUUCAAGUUGCUGCUGAGAAGGGUCUUUUUUCAUUGGCAAUAAAUCUACAAGUUCCUGGCACAACUAACUAUAGUAUGGUUUUCUACUUUGUAUCAAAGAAACUGAUACCGAACUCCUUGUUGCAACGCUUUGUUGAUGGCGAUGAUGAAUUCCGCAAUAGUAGGUUCAAGCUGAUCCCCUCUGUACCGAAGGGCUCAUGGAUUGUCCGCCAAAGUGUUGGCAGCACCCCGUGUCUGUUAGGCAAAGCAGUUGACAUCACCUAUAUCCGUGGCGCAAAUUAUUUGGAAAUAGACGUGGACAUUGGUUCGUCUACGGUGGCAAAUGGAGUCUUGGGGCUUGUGUGUGGUGUGAUCACAACACUAGUUGUCGACAUGGCUUUUCUUGUCCAGGGCCACACAUACGAGGAGCUCCCGGAACGACUGAUCGGUGCCGUUCGGAUGUCGCACAUAGAACUAUCAUCUGCGGUUGUCCCUGUGCUUGAGGAUUAACCAGAUUACUACCAUCGUCCAUUUGGUCCAAGUGGUGGUUGCAACGUCGGCAAGCAUCUCCUCUAUUUCAGUCUUGACAAGACACAGUAGGGUAUACAUAUAUACAGGCAGGGAACCAAGCGUUGGCGCUCGUGCCAUGCCAACGACAUACUGAACGCGGAUAAGCAAUUAAUUUUUAUGUGUAUGUAAUUAUGUAUUGCACAUCAUGAUUCGGCGAUGUGAUGGCAAGCUCGUAGGUGUUAGAAUUGUGUCGGCAAAGAAAAAAAGAAGAUACCGAAAAAUUAGGGCUAGGAGACUGGGCGAGGCCCAGGUGAGGGUCAGUUCAGUGCAAAUAAAAAAGCUAUGUACUUGCUUUGUUUGAAACUUGUAGGAAAGGGGUUGAGAUGACAGCUCCAAGUUCAAAGUUGAAAACCACACAAACCAUUAUAUUCAUGUGCUUGUAUGUAACUUGAGACGGCAAUAUAUGAUCAUGCCACUGAUUUGCAGGA